GUCCAAUGAGAGUGGGAAAUGCCACACAUCAAGGCAAGAAAAAACGUCUGCAUCGACGUUAUAAAAAAAGGGGACUGAAUUUCUCCUUCCACCUGUUACUUCGCCCUCACUAGCACAGUACAGAACAAAAUGGCUGCCAUCAGAUACAAAGACCUCGUUCCCUUGGGAACUGCUCUAACAAUUGCAGGUAGUUUCUUCUUCAUGGGAGUUAUCCUCGGUAAUUUGCCGUAUGAUUUCAAGACGCUUUACUCCCCAGGAGCUACUCAGGCUGAUUUUGACAACUCUCUGAGACACUAUCAGACAUGGGCCGAGAUUCCUACCGUGGCCCUCCAUAUCCUCCACUUCUUCGUCGGGAUUGGUUUCGUCGGUAUGUUGAUCAAGAUCUACAAGCCUGAUGACGAGAUAAAGUACUUUGAAUACGGCUCCUUGGUGCUGUACGUGAUUGCUGUGUGCACGUAUUUGACAAACUUGAAGAUCGGUGCUCAGAGCGCAGUGCAUGGAGAAUGGGGCGAUGUUGACCAGAACACCGGUAUCAACGUGAUUGCUGCCACGGAGACUCUUAUCGUGUUCCUCUUGGGCUUCAUUGUUGUGCUUCAGUUGGGUUUGUACUGGGCCCAGGUGGAUUAUCAGCAGAGACUGGAGAUCUUCAACAAGGAGUUGGCAGAGGAGGCCAAGGCAGAGGAGGAGAAGAUCCAGGAGACGGCCAAGUCCACCGGUGUGAAGGCCAAGAAGACCACUGUGAAGUCAACGUCAAAGAAGAACUAAGUAUUGCGUGUAGUGUAACAUAAGGCCAUUUAUGAUAUAAUUCAUAAUGUAAUCC